CAGGGAGCAGAGCGGCCCAUAGAAACGGCCCCGAUGUCCCGUUAACCCCCCCACCCCACCCCCCCGCCGGUUACCGGAGCAGCGGACAUCAAUGAGCUCUGCUGCGGCGGACACGUCGUCCGGAGCGGAUCCACGUCGGUAUCGUUGCGGCUUUGUGGCGGGAUUCACGCUGAUUUGGCGCAAACAAUGAGUAAACUCUCGUUCCGGGCGCGAGCGCUAGACGCCGCUAAACCGCUCCCGGUUUAUCGGAACCGAGACCUGCCGGACCUGAGCGACUGCGUGUCCAUCAACCGGGCCGUGCCGCAGAUGCCCACCGGCAUGGAGAAAGAGGAGGAGCUGGAGCACCACCUCCAGAGGGCGAUGUCGGCCCAGCAGGUGUUCAGGGAGAAGAAGGAGAACAUGGUGAUCCCCGUACCUGAGGCCGAGAGUAACACCACCUACUACGACCGCCUGUACAAGGGAGAGGUCAAGGUUCCCAAACAGCUCAUCCACAUACAGCCUCUGGGUCUGGACCUGGACCUGGACUAUGAUCUGGACUCGGAGGAUGAGACGUUGCUGAACAGACUGAACAGAAAGAUGGAGAUCAGACCUCUGCAGUUUGAGACCAUGGUGGACCGACUGGAGAAGGCCAGCACACAGCAGCUGGUGUCCCUGUCAGAGGCAAAGCUGCUGCUGAACGAAGACGACUUCCUGCUGAAGUCGGUGUACGACUACUGGUUGAGGAAGAGGAAACAGUGUUGCGCUCCGUCACUGAUUCCUCACAUCAAGCAGGAGCGACGAGACGGGUCGACCAACAGCGACGCCUACGUGGCGUUCAGACGGCGGACAGAGAAGAUGCAGACGAGGAAGAACCGUAAGAACGACGAGGCGUCGUACGAGAAGAUGCUGCGGCUGAGGAGGGAGUUCAGUCGGACCGUAUCCAUCCUGGAGAUGAUCAAGAGGAGGGAGAAGUCCAAGAGGGAGCUGCUGCACCUGACUCUGGAGGUGGUGGAGAGGAGGUUUCAGAUGGGAGACUUCAGUGGAGACAUCCUCAGAGAGAUCGCACUCCCUCUGGUGGAGAAACCAGCGUACAGCACCGCAGUUCCUCUGAGCCACGGGAACAACGUCAAGACCAAGACGCAGAAGAAGAAAGAGUCGGUCAGAGAGGAACUUCCCUUCUCCCUGCUCAGACCAAAGAAGAAGAACGUGAGAGGAGACCGGUUCUGUCCUCGACCCGGUCGACCGUCUGGUCCAUUCACCGUCAACCAGGCCGACAUCAGACAGUACGACUUCCACAGCUCGGGAGAAGAGGAGUGUCCGCCUCCGCCACUGUCUCCUCCGUCCUCGCCUGAUGAAGAGAACAAUCCUGACGGACUCUUCGUCUUCAGGAGAAAAGCUGGAUGUCAAUAUUUGUCUCCCCGGACGGAGCAAGCGGGUGGAGUGGAUCAUCCAGAGCUCCUCCCCCUGUGUCUCCGUCACUCUCUGACUCAACUGUCUCUGCGUCCUCAUUGGACGGGACUGAGCCGGCGCAGGAUUGGACGAGGUGGCAGAAUCAUCCUGGACCGAGCCUCUUCAGGUUUAGACCCAGUCCUGAAGCAGCUGGACUCACAUCCGGUCCCCAAGACCAGAACCGGUGUCCACAGGGACCACCCGGUCCCACUGGACCGGAAACCUUGCCUGACCGCAGGAACCGCGCCCCCCUCCCUGACGGAGGUCCUGAACAAUAUCCACAACCUGAGGAGGUUCUGCUUCAGACCCAGACUACACCAAGACCAGGGGGAGGGGGGCACACGGACCUCCAGGGGGGUCACACUGGACGAUAACAGUCUCAACUGUUGUCUGUCACCUGACUCUGGACCAGCAGGGGGCAUCACAGAGGAGCAGUACCACAGUCACCAGCAGCAGCUGGUCCAGAUGCAGAGACAACAGCUGCAGAACCACACGGCGUCACACGCACACACUGCACCGCACAGACCACAGUCCCGACCAGGUGAGUCCAGUUCAAGGCCUCUGGACUCGGCCAGCGCUCAGUUUGCAGCCUCAGCGGUGAUCAGCUCUCCGACGCCUCCUCACGGUCAUGUGACCGGUGACAUCAGACCCUACAAGAGCAGCGUGAACGGAGUCCAUCCUCCAGGUCCCUCCAGGCCUCCGUACUCCUCCUCUCUCAGCAGGACACCCUCCUCUUCCUCCUCCUCCUCUUCCUCCCAUCAGUCCCUCCCUCAUCAGAGGAGCCAGGUGGGAGCCGUUAGCCCCGCCCACCCCCACACUGCUCGAGUCUCCGCCCCCCCGAUGUCUGCCUUAAAACUCGCCACCGUCGCUGCGAGUCUGGACCGAGUGCCCAAAGUCUCCACUGCCAGAGACUCCAACGAGCCAGAGAGGCUCCUGAACGGGCUGUCGGAGAGCACGCUGCCCAUGGAGGUCACAUAACAGCGUCUCCCACCUGAGUGUGACCAGUGAAUGUGACCCGCCGUGACCUCCAGAACCAGACGACCGCGUCAGAGCAUUUUAACCAGUGUCCAUAUUAUUACUGUUUAUUAUUAUUAUUGUAAUUGUACAGUUUGUAAAUGUCUCAUUGUAAAAUAGUUUCAUCAGUUCAGUUUCUGAUGUGACUGCAGAAUCAAUUCUGAUUGGUCCCUACAAAUUCUUUAUCUUCUCUCUGAUUGGUCCAUGACGAGUCUUUGUCUUCUCUCUGAUUGGUUAUUUAUUUAUCAUGUUUACAUUUCUUAUUUCUUAUUUCUUUACACGAUUCAGUUUUUUUUCCCUCAGAGAUGAAAGACAUUUGAUCACAGAUGGAAACGAUGUUUGUUUUUCAGAAGUUUUUAUUUUUUACGCUCCUCUGCCUUCGAAUCACUGAAACCCUCGUUCAAAUAAAAAUUAUGCAUCUUGUAAAAAAAGAUGUGAAUCUGCAGCUGUAACAGUUUUUAUAAAAAGGAAAUGAACUGAAGCUCUUUUCUGUUGGUUUGUUCUUCACACGUCGGAGAAGGAGAGAAAUGAAAAAAUACAGAGAAAUAAAAACAAUGAAAUGGA